UAUUUGUUUUUAUUGAGUAAAAAAGUUAUUCAAAAACAAAACGAUUAAUUUUGCGCCACUUUGUAUAUUUGAUAAAUUUUUUGCUUUAAACUCUUUGAUUUCCUUACAUUUUUGUUCAUCAGCUGAUGAACACAGACGCUAAUGACAGUACUAGCAGCCAACAAUUUUUUUUUUUUUCGAAUCAAAAUAUCUUUUAGUUAGAUUACCAAACUAGUAUAUAGAUAUGUGCCAGUAUAUAUUUACACAUAUAUUUGCGCAUUUGGUUAUGUGCAUGAAUGCAUGAUAAUUCUGCGUGUCACAGUGAAUGGAAAAUCUCUAUGCCAAAAUUAUUGCAAAAAUAGAAAAGGACAAAAAAUAGUACCCCUCCCUACAAAAUUUGAAAGUAUCUUUAAGUGAAACGAAAAGACGCGAAAGACGAAUAAAAUAAGAAAAAAUAAAUAAAUAAAUAGAAAAAUAAAAAGAAGAGAAACAAGAAAAACACCAAAUGAAAUGCACCGAAAUUUCGAACAAACAUGGCUGAAACACGCACGCUGUGUUGCCUAAAUAAUCCAAAUAUAUUUGCCAACAUCUUAACCAAGCGAGCAGAAGUCGAUUACGCGGCUUAUAGAAAAACCAAAACAAUGAAAUCACGUGUGCGAAUCGGCUUUUUUUAUUAUUUUUGUGAAGCAAUGACUAAAUGCACUAUUUCCAGUAGUGAGAAUUAGAGAUUCUCUCAUAGAUUUGGAGAGCAACUGGAAUACUAUGAGAGAGUAUAGAAAUAGUGAGCCAGAAAGAGUGAAAGCAAAAUAAUUAGAAGAGCGAAACAAAAACAAAGCAGCCAACAAUGAAAUAAAAUUAAAUAAAUAAAAACACACACACAAGCCAAACACUACAUGAAUAAUAAAAAAAAUUUCCAUUAAAUUACACAAAAAUAUAUCAACUGAGCGACAACAACUGUGAUGGAGCUUUAGUAAACACUUCGAUGUAUGGCAAACUUUAGUAAUGAUAAAAUAUAACCAUAUGAAGCAACUACAUACAUAUGUACAUAAACGCUAUACAAAUACAUAGGUACUUAGUGUGGAGGGCAAAACAGAGUGAGUGGGUGGUAUAUGUGUGUAUUGCACUAAGUAAUUAGGGGAAAAAAUUGAUGCAAAGCAAAAUUGUAAGAAAUAUAAGAACACAAACAAAACGUCGGAGAGCAAAAAUGCGAAUGCGAAUACGAAUAAUAAGAUGGCUACAUGGAUGUCACUUUAAAUGAAAUGAUUGGAAAAUGCGAAAAAAGCCAGGCGACGCACUGACGAAUGCGUCCACGACUACCACCACGAAGCCAAUAGCCAACAGUGGUUUUCACUUUCAUUUUCGCAUUUAAUAUUCAGUGUUUGAAAGACAACGCGUUCGACAACACGAAAAAAGCGGAGCAAAAAUCAAAGCAAAUAUUCUACGCUAUAGUUUCAAAACAUCCUUCUCAAACAAUUCUCUAUCUCUAUAUUUAUCCUGCUGUUCUUUGGUCAUUACAUACAUAAUCCAAAAUAGCGCAAUUAUCCAACUUAGCAAAAACUAUAACUAUAAAUACAACAGCUGUUUGUGGCAGACGCUUUUCUAAACUGUGCUAUUUCAAACGUAACGGUUAUGCUAACAUAACUAGUGAUGCAACUAUAAAAUUAAAACAGUAAAGUGAUACGAAAAGUCUAAUUAAGAAGUGAAAAAUUCGCAGUGACCAGCAAUAAAAUCAUUUGAGCGCCGUGCCGUCCAUUUUACAGCGAAAAGGCAAUAAAACGCUAAUAAACAUUUUUCUUAAAAUAUUUGACUGCGGUCUAGCAAUGAAAAUUUCGUACUGUUAAAAAAGUGUUGAAGAACAUUGAGAACAUAUAUUUGUAUAAACAACAAACGGCGAUUUGUUUACCAAGGUGUACACCACCCAAGCAACACAAUCGAUGUGAGUCAUAGUACGCAUCGGUCUACCUGCACCUAUCCAACCGAGUUCCAGCACAUCCACCCCUGCUAUACAACGCUCCUUUCCGAUUAUUUCUCUCGAUCUCCCGAUCAGCUAGCCGAUCGCUUCAUUACACAACCUAAUCCCAGUCCAUCUAGUUUACCGACCGACAAAUCCGACGAAGUACAAUCGCAAUGGAUCACAGAGCUAUUGGCAGUCAAGUGCGAGAUUUGCGAACUGCAUUCGAUCUCUUAGACAGAAAUCGGGAUGGUCGCGUCACAGCAAAUGAGUUGCAAUUUAUGUUGAAAAAUCUUGGCAUAAAUGUGCGAGACGAAAUCAUACACGACCUCAUACGAGAAGCAAGUCAUUCGGGAAAUGGGUUAAUAAACGAAGCUGAAUUCCUGCAAUGGGUCGGACGAAUUCAGGCGUUGCGCGAUGAACAGCAACAGCAACAACAACAGCAGGAAGAGAAUGCAAGUAAACCAGAGGAAAACGAUGAUGUCACCGAAGAUUUUAUCGCCGCAUUUAGGGUAUUUGAUCGUGACGGCAAUGGUUUCAUUACCCGCGACGAGCUGCAAACCGCCAUGGAAAUGAUUGGAGAACCCCUCUCAGAAGUACAACUCACACAAUUAUUGGCCAUAGCCGAUUUGGAUCAAGACGGCCGAAUUAAUUACGAGGAAUUUACGAGACUUUUACUUUAAAGUGCUGAGCGCCCAUAAAACUGAGCAUACUUACAAAUAUGUAUUAGUGAAGAAACAACAAACCAACUACAAAAGCAACAACAAAACUAUGCAAACUUUAUAUACAAUAUACUCGAGUUAAAUGAAAAUAAUAUAAGCACACAUGAAUAUAUAUAUGUCAAAAAUCAAACUCUGUCUAAAUGAAAACAAUGAGUAAAAAUCAUGUUUUGUAAGUUUGUCAGCGCUUAUCUGCUAACCUGCACAGACGACCGCUGCUACAGCUGGAGAAUAAAUGAACAAAGCUGUUGUGGGGAGUCCAAGAAAGAAAGUCAAACAAAAAGAUAGUUUUUUUUUAGUUAUUAGGUUGUUAAUUUAAAUCAUCCAUUUAUUUAUAGUUUCACACAAUUAAAUACACAUACAUAUAAAUAAAAAUAUACACAUGCAAUAACAAUACAUAAACACAUACAUGCAUACACAUAGUUAGUUUAAGUUAAUUUUUAAUGCUAAUCAAAUGCAAAAAAGCGGCAACAACAAAACAUUUAGAGGUUUAAAGUAAGUAAGAUAUAUGCAGCGCUUUGUUAUUAUAAAAAAAAUCUUUAACAAACAACAAAACUUAAACACUGUAAAAUGAAUUUCAAUUCUUCAAUUACUUAUAAAAUUAAAUAAAUUACAUUGGAUUUUACAGAUGUAAUAAUAAACAAAAAAAUAAAAAAUAAAAAAACUCAUAUAAGUCUGAGCGCGAGAGUGAUAAAUUUUUGUGUUAAGGGUGCUGCAACAAAUGAGUUGAAAUUCAGAUAAAAGUCAAAAGGGGAAAUAAGUAUAUUUAAUAAAUUUGUGGAAGUGACGUUGAAUAUACCAACGAAUUGUCACACAAAAACAGAAAUAGAAACAUCUAAUGAAAUGCAAGCUAAAAGUAUAAAUAUACCAUUAAUUAUAUAUGUAAAUUGAUAUGCAAUUUGCGCAUUUGCAGGCAAAAUAAAUAUUUACAAAGAAAUUUAACAAAAUUUAAACUUUCAAUAUUGUCUACCAAACAAAACACUUGCGAUAAUUAAAUCUUCAAGUUAUUACUAUUAUUAUUAUUAUAUGAAACUAAACUGUUUUCUAAAACUCUAUAAAUCACUUUUAUGUAUAUGAAUCUAUGCGCAUACAUAUCCAAUAUAUAUGUACAAUACAAACAUAUAUACAAACAUAUUGGUAUGUGCAUUAUUACUUAGCUUUGUUCGAAACAAACUUAAUUAAAUGUAUACAAAGAAAUAUACAAAAAAAACACAGAAUCACUUAAACAAAUCUUACAUUUGGAAAUGGCAUAGAAAUUAAAAGGUAAUAUUUUGUAAAAUUAUUUAAAAAUAAAAGAAACUAAAUAAACCUAAUUGUUGAUAAUAAAAAAUC